AUGACACGUAGAAUGAACAAAACAUAUAUACGGCAAAAUAUAUAUUCUAAAAUCACAGAACCCGUGGCUGGGAACGAGUCUACGAUAGAUAUGCUACUUGAUGUGCCAAAUAGAGUCCUGCAGCACAUCGGACUAGUGAUGGUUGCGGUGGGCGUGGCUGAGUAUCAUUUGCUGGACUCGCGGAUUUCUGCAAUGCCAUUACUGGGGUUGCUCAUCCUGACAUUGUCGGCGCUGGUAGGGAUUGAAACACUCAACCGUUGGGUUGGUGGGCAGACUGAAAGAAGCUCUGCUGCUGCUGCAAAGAGGUCUCAACUGCUCUCAGUUGUAUUGCGCAUCGAUCCCAAUAGCGUAUAUAUUGGAUCGGACCCGCACAAUCCAAGCAUGCACAAUCUUAUGACGGCCAAGGUAGCCGAAAUACCACAGCCACAUUCACAGCCGAACACAGAUACAAGUACACGUGCAGCUGCACCCCCUGCCAGUACUGAAGGUGGUCCGUUGGCUGACAGAUCCAUUCGUGACAGUAGGGCUACUGUACAGGGCAUGACCACACUCGAUGCGGAGAAUAUCGAUCCACGCGAUCCCACGGGAGAGCUGCUGAGCAAGAUGACCGAGCUAUAUCCCAACGAUGGUCCUGUAUGUUGA